AGAGUCGGGUAUAAAGGACUCGUGGAAGGCGGGAGUGGACGCAGUUUUGAACUGGCGGCAGCGACGUAAAAUAAAAGAGGUCUUUCUUGAGUGGCGCUAGCGUUUCCGAACCGCCUUCCACGUUUCUCCUUCCGGGAGUGAAGCGAGGCCUCAUUCAAAAAUGGCUGGUGGCAAAGCUGGGAAGGACUCCGGAAAGACGAAGACCAAGACAGUAUCCCGUUCACAGAGAGCUGGCUUACAGUUCCCUGUUGGCCGUAUUCACCGGCAUCUUAAAUCAAGGACUACCAGUCAUGGACGUGUGGGGGCAACAGCUGCUGUAUAUAGUGCUGCUAUCCUGGAGUACCUUACAGCUGAGGUUCUUGAGCUAGCAGGAAAUGCAUCCAAAGACUUGAAGGUGAAGCGAAUCACUCCCCGCCACUUGCAGCUUGCCAUAAGAGGUGAUGAGGAACUGGAUUCCCUAAUCAAAGCAACAAUUGCUGGUGGAGGUGUAAUUCCGCACAUUCAUAAAUCUCUCAUUGGAAAGAAAGGUCAACAGAAAACAGUUUAAAGGAUUCCUUGUUAAUUUAGGACUCUUAAAUGCUCAGUUGUCCAGUGUUGGUGGAUUUCCAGUGGACUGCAUCUGUGAAACACAAUUUUGCCUUUUCUGUAACCUUGAAGCUGGAACCCAUCGAGCUUUCUAACAAACCAAAAUUCUACAUUGAAGUCUUAACCUUAUUUAAGUGUUACAUAGCUUCAGAGAAGCUUUUGUCUGUAGUGGUUCUAGACUGUUUUUAGAUUUGUUGGAUUUUAAUGAGAUUCUUGACAUCGUUGCUGAUUUACAAUUUUUUUAUGCUUCAAGUUCCUUUAUUCAGUUAUUGUACACUAUAAUAUUUAACUACAAAAGAUUCUUGACACUAGCGCCAUUAAUACCUUUAUGAAAUAAACAGCUUUAAAUAUAAAA